AUGUUGGAUAUUUUAACAACACCUUCAAUGGCGAAACCAAAGCAAGACUAUUUCCGCACCCCAGGACAAGUUCUCUCUCUUAUUAGUUCCUUGGGAUUUAACUCUCCAGUUCGAGGCAAGAUGCAGACCUGUGCCUCCUCAGUGACACCAGUAUUUAAUGAAACCUCACGGGGGAAUUCCACACCAAUUGUAAUGAAGAAUAAAGAAAAUUCAGCGAAAGCCAGCAAGCUUCUUAUAUCAUAUCCCGAAGUCAGUAUGUUCAGCCCUAGUAUGCCAGUGAAGUGCCUCACUCCAAACCUCUUGAAGUCUAGAGCACAGCUGGGCACCUCCAGUACCAGCAGCCAGUCCCAUUUAUGUCUGUCCAGCAUAGAGUCUGAUUACUGCAGCAGUCCAAAAUGGGAAAAUCCCAACCAGAAUCCAGAUGGGCCACCAUACUUAAGUUCCAGCCACUUGAAGAACAGUAUGACAGAGAAAUCACUGAACAAGAUCCAUAUCGGGAAA